UGUGGAUUGUAGACAGAAGGUGAGAAUCUCGACAAUAUAAUCAAUCCCUCCUCAAUAGGUUAAAUCUUCACCUCUCUUCUGCUCCUCUCUACUGAAGCUAUCAAUCUCAACAAUGGCAGUUCAUGCAUUUCAAGUCCCUCUACAAUUUCCUCCCAUCUCGAGACAGCAGUUUUAGAAUAACAAAGGAACUCAAGGUUUAUGCAAAAAGGAACAUGGGGUAUGGAAAUUGUUCUCUUACAUCAGAUAAAGUUCAAAGGAGGCUGUUUUUGCGGCUUUUGGGAGUAAAUUUGAUAUUUGCAAAUACUGUUUUCGCGGCCCCAAUUCAGGAUUUGAAGGAACCGGAAGUGCUUAGGACGCUGAAGCUUGCUAGUGGAGUGAGGAUACAGGAUAUUGUUGAAGGACAAGGCCAGGAAGCUCUUGAAGGAGACACAAUCGAAUUUAAUUACGUAUGUCGCAGGUCAAAUGGAUAUUUUGUGCACAGCACUGUGGAUCAGUUUAGCGGAGAGAGUUCACCUGUUAUACUACCUCUGGAUGGUGAGAAGAUAAUUAGAGGCCUACAAGAGGUUUUGGUUGGCAUGAAGGUUGGAGGAAAGAGAAGAGCUUUGAUACCGCCUUCAGUAGGAUAUAUCAGCGACACUUUACAGCCAAUUCCCGAAGAGUUUGGUCCUCGGCGUAGCCUUUUGUCUCACGCAAAGGAGCCAUUGAUUUUUGAAGUCCAGCUCUUGAAAGUUUUAUGAGUAAACUUUGUAUUGGUUUUCCUGUUCAAUAUGAAAUUUGGUUGACACGUUCUCUUUUUAGUUCCUUGGUAGACUGUUAAUCUUGAUAUAUACAAUCUCAUCAAUUUUUAUUGUUUGCUGUUCAUGUUAUAGUAGUUUGUUGAAAUCUCAAUGGUGGUGGCCAAGUGAUACAUGAAUGGUGGGCAGUUCAAAUAGAGGAAGAAAAAGAAGUUUGUUUUUAUAGAUCAUUCAGGAGUUUCUAAAUCAUGUUAAUGAUCAGAAUUGCAAUUAUUUAUGUCUUGUUCUUGUUGUUGACCAAGUAAUUUAUUUUAGUAAGCAAAGCAGUCGAUGGCCAUGUUAAAGGGAUUGGGAGUCAGAUGUAUGACUGUUAGGACAACAAUUCUUUGACAACAGAGAUUGAAAUAGUGUACCCUUAUAAAAUCCAAUAGCUUUAAAGUAUAGGAGAUUGUUAGAGUCUACUGAAGAAGCUCGGCUUUGUAAGUACUCUCAAUUCCAUUUUGAAUGAGA